CAGUUUGCAUUCGUUGCUGGUGCAUGGUCCGUCGUUGACACAUGCACAUAACAAAAGCAAUUAUCACUUGCUGCUAACAACAAACACACUCGUGUACAUACAUACAUAUUUACAUAAACCAAGAGUUUUUUCUGUUGCUUUGUCAGCGCCAUUUUAACAAUUGUGUAGCUGCAAGAAUGAAAUUCUUUUUAGCGACUUUGUCGCUUGUGGCCUUUGUGGUCACAGCCUCCGCCGAAGUGAAUGAUCCGCAUAUGCUAAGCGAUGAGUUUAUCAAGUUGGUAGAGCAAAAAGCCAAUACAUGGACGGUUGGCCGCAAUUUCGAGGAGAAUGUUUCGGAGCAACAUAUACGUGGUUUGAUGGGCGUGCAUCCCGAUGCACACAAGUUCACGCUGCCGGAAAAGAGUCAAGUGCUGUCCGAUCUGAGCGAGACGGAUGGCGGUGAUCUGCCCGAGGAAUUCGAUGCACGCAAACAUUGGCCAAACUGUCCGACAAUUGGUGAGAUUCGUGAUCAGGGCUCCUGUGGUUCCUGCUGGGCAUUUGGCGCCGUCGAGGCAAUGUCGGAUCGAGUAUGCAUACAUUCCAAUGCCAAGGUGAACUUUCACUAUUCGGCUGAUGAUCUGGUGUCCUGUUGCCACACUUGCGGCUUUGGCUGCAACGGUGGUUUCCCCGGCGCCGCUUGGAGCUACUGGACACGCAAGGGUAUUGUAAGCGGCGGUUCUUACGGCUCCAAAGAAGGCUGCAGACCAUACGAAAUUGAGCCCUGUGAGCAUCACGUGAAUGGCACUCGUCCUCCAUGCUCCCAAGGCAGCACACCACGGUGCCAGCAUCAGUGUGAGUCCGGUUACUCGGUCGAUUACAACACGGACAAGCAUUUUGGGGCAAAGGCAUAUUCGAUUGGUCGCAAUCCGCUGGAUAUUCAACGUGAAAUCAUGACCAAUGGACCCGUGGAGGGAGCGUUCACCGUUUACGAGGAUUUGCUAUUGUACAAGAGCGGUGUCUAUCAGCAUGUCCAUGGACGUGCUUUGGGCGGUCACGCCAUUCGCAUACUCGGCUGGGGUGUCUGGGGUGAUGGGAAGGUGCCCUACUGGCUCAUUGGCAACUCGUGGAACACCGACUGGGGUGACAACGGCUUCUUCCGCAUCCUGCGCGGCGAAGAUCACUGCGGCAUUGAGAGCGCCAUUUCAGCAGGACUGCCCAGGCUCUAAAUACUUGAAUCUAAUCCUCUCCUGAAAUUGUCCCAAGUACGUUAACAAUAAUUUCCACUAUGUAUGUAAACAAGUACUGACGUUUUAGUAUAUAAACAAAAAAAAUAAACGAAAUGAUCAAACAACAAA